GAGAGAGAGAGAGCAAGUAUAGAGACAAUCGAUAGGCUUAACGCGUUAAAGGCUGUAUGUGCUGUGCGAUCGCGCCAUUAGUUGCAGUGCCAGUGCACACACAUAUACACACACAAGUGGUGCACAAGCGGGCGCUUAGAGCACAGUUAGCACUACUGUUGGACUCAUUGUUGAGCACUGAAUCCCAUCAAUCAUUUGGUUUGAAUACUAUGGAAAUUAAUAGUCAUUACAAUCAUAUACAAAGAAAAGGCGAUACAAUAAGUUCAGUCAAUUAUAUACAACAAGAGAGUGGUGGCGGCGGUGGUGGAGGACUAGGAGGCGGCGGCGGUGGUGGUGGCGUCAGUGUCGGCACCAUUGGCCGCGAUAUAAUGGCCAACAAUAUUAGUCAUUCGGCAGCGGCGGCCGCAGCGGCUGCCGCCGCUGCCAGUUCACAGGCGGCCGCCCUCCAGGAACAGCACAUCCAGUUUCAGCAGCAGCUGAUCCAAUUGAAACAACAACAACAACUGCAACAGCAGCUACUGUUGCAGCACUUUCAGCAACAACAACAACAGUUGGCCGAACAGCAUGAGAAGCAAUUGCAGGAAAGGAUUCGGGAAUAUUUGGAACAACAGAAAAAAUACGAAGAAGAACAAAGAGUUGAAAAGGAAAGGAUGGAAAAAGAAAAGUUAGAAUCGUUGAAGAAAAAGGAAAAACACGAACAAAGCGCUAUAGCGUCGUCUGAAGUCAAACAAAGAUUACAGGAGUUUGUAUUGAAUAAAAAACAUAGAGAAGCGACGGCUGCGGCUAAUAGUGCCAACAAUUCGCCGCCGACUCCCGGCACUAGAAACUGGCAACCAGUUAUUGGCAAAUAUGAAAACGACUUUCCCCUCCGAAAGACAGCUUCUGAGCCGAACCUAAAGGUGCGGUCAGUCCUAAAGGCCAAAGUUAUCCAACGGCGCAGUUCACCAUUGCUUAGACGUAAAGAUAAGGCAUCGCCUCUCAAGAGACGGUCAACACUAACAAGCAAUGGUAUACCUGAAUGCCUAUCGGAGUCACCGCCGAGCGGUUCCAACCAUUCGAGCUUCCAGUCGAGCGCUGGAAGUACUCCUAUACAAGAGGAGCCAUGUCAUUCACCAUUUAGUUCCAUGAACCCGGGCAGUUUUUGUGAUCUGACACUGUAUUCAUCGCCAUCGCUACCAAAUAUAUCGUUGGGUAGGCCGCACGUGCCCAUUACCACUACAACUACCAGUGCCAGUGUUACAUCGAGCUUGGAAUCAUCGGGAAAGUCCACCACCACAUCCAUGAGCGAGACACAGAUGCAACGGGCGCUGAGGUUUGCAAUGCCAUUGAACAUUCAUCCGGGACAUCAUAGUACUGCGGGACUACCAUUUUAUCCAUCGUUACCCGUAAUUGAAGGCGAAUUUACCCCGCCUACCAGUCCCGGUUAUAUUCAACAACAAAUGAAAGUACUGGAGCAAACAACUAACCGGGUGCCGGCCCAGACAAUAACCGGCGGCACUACCGGCAACUCUUCCAUAUCGGGCUAUCCCUAUCCGCCGCCGCCGCCCGGUUCGGUAGUCAUUACCGACCAGCAGGUAGCCCAGGCCCGACUUCAACGUAGUCUACAGCGACCGCUUGGUCGUACACAAUCGGCACCCUUACCGCUGGGUCAUCCGCUCCUACAGCAAGCGGGACCCGGUAUCAUAUUGUCGCCCCAGCAAAGCGAACAAUACUAUCGGGAGCGACAGCUGGACGAACAGCUACAGCAGCGAAAUCUGGUCAAACAGCACAUCCGUCAGACAGUAUUGACCAGAGCUUCGUCCAAAGGUCAGGUAGUCGAGAAUGUCGAAGAGGAAACCGAAGCCGCUGUGGCCCAGGAGAUGAAAGAUUCGCUACUGGCCGACAUACAGGAGCUGCCGCCGGCCGGUCCGGACGGUGUAAUCGAUUUGACGGCGCCGGCCAGUCGGCAACGGGCGGCCAGCAGUGAUAGUAGCAGUGAACUAAGCCGUCAGCAGCACCGGCAGCAACAACGAGAGGCAUUCCUACAGCAACAGCGCGACCUAAUGUCGCCGUCGUCGUCGUCAUCGUCGCACAGGCUAUUAUCGGCAUCGUUGUCAUCGUCGUCGAUGUUUAACAGCGGCGGCGGCGGCGGUGGUGGCGGCGAUCCCAUCAGCACCACCACCAACAACAACCUCCUAUUGACAACCAUUAGCCAAUCCUCUUCCUCCAGCCAUCAUCAUCUUCAUCAACGUCCAGGCCAUCAGCCGCAUCCCAAUAGACCACUGUCUAGGACACUGUCCAGUCCACUUGUAACGCUCAGCCUAAACACUACGACUGGCCAACAACAACAACACGAGUCGAUGAUUGUGUCGUCGUCAUCGGCGGGUGGCCGACACGUGUUCACUACUGGACUAGUCUACGAUAGUCUAAUGCUUAAGCACCAGUGUAUAUGUGCCGAUAAUUUUCAUCAUCCGGAACAUGGCGGCCGAUUGCAAAGUAUAUGGGCUCGACUACAGGAAACUGGACUGGCAUCCAGGUGCGAGAGAGUGCGUUCACGAAAAGCUACAUUAGAUGAGAUACAGUUAUGUCACAGCGAAUCAUACACUUUACUGUUUGGUACAAAUCCGUUAAAUCGGCAAAAAUUGGACGCAUCAAAACUCGCUGAUCUUCCCAUUAAGAGUUUUGUAAUGUUGCCCUGUGGCGGCAUCGGUGUCGACUCGGAUACCACUUGGAACGAAAUGCAUACGUCGGGUGCGGCCCGUAUGGCCGCCGGCUGUGUAGUCGAACUGGCCUUCAAGGUGGCCACCGGCGAGUGCAAGAAUGGCUUUGCAGUGGUCCGACCUCCUGGCAGUCACGCCGAACACCAGCAGGCAAUGGGUUUUUGUUUCUUCAAUUCGAUAGCCAUUGCCAUCAAACAAUUGCAACUGAAGCUGAAGAUGGAAAGGAUUCUCGUAGUGGACUGGGAUGUACAUCACGGCAACGGUUUGCAGCAAAUGUUUUACAACGAUCCGCACGUACUGUACGUAUCGUUGCACCGGCACGACGACGGAAAUUUUUUCCCGGGAACCGGUGACCUCCAGGAGACGGGUAUCGAUGACGGUGUAGGGUUUAACGUCAACAUUGGUUGGUGCGGAUCGUUGAGUCCGCCGAUGGGCGAUGCCGAAUAUUUGGCCGCAUUCCGAUCGGUAGUCAUGCCGAUAGCACGCGAUUUUAAUCCCGAUCUGAUUAUGGUGGCUUGCGGUUUCGAUUCGGCUCAGGGACAUCCGCCACCGUUGGGCGGCUAUCAGAUUACGGCCAACUGUUUCGGUUAUCUAACCCAACAGCUGAUGACACUGGCCAAAGGUCGUGUAGUGAUGGCACUGGAGGGCGGAUAUGAUUUGCCGGCCAUCUGCGACUGUUCCCAGGAGUGUGUAUCGGCUCUAUUGGGCGACGAUUUAAGUGGCCUUACGGAGGACGAGAUGACCCGAAAGCCGUGUCAGAAUGCCGUCGAACUGCUCCAGCGGGUCGUCUCUAUUCAAUCCACUCAUUGGCCAAUAUUGCGCCGGACUGGCCAUCUGAUUGACUGUAACUUUAUUGAUGCCCAACGAAAGGAAAAGGAAGAAUGCGAAACAGUCACUGCAUUGGCGUCGCUAACAGUCAGACAGUCGUUGAAUAGUCCUCCCGAAACCAGUGGCCACAGUGAAGAGCCAAUGGAUGAGGACAAUGACAAAUAGUGAUGAUGACCGCGGAUCUGUUUAGACAGUCAGUCAAACAGUCGGAACCAAUUGGGAGACGAGAGAAGAGACAUAUAUAUAGUAGAAGAUAAUGAAGAAAAAGAGAGAGAGAGAGAGAGAGACGAUGGUGUGAUUCAUUGUUGAUGAAAAUGAAGACAAAAAUCAAUAUUUAAAAAACAAACAAAUCAAACGCCCAUUUCAUUUGAUUUGUUAUUUUUUAACAAAAAAAAGUGUUUAAAAAAGUUGUUAUAUAUUUUUAAGUGGAGUCUCCGAGUGUAACAAACAAACAAAACAAAACAAAUAAGUUUUUAUUAAUUACAUCAUCGCUUGUUGUCGUAGUGGUCAUUGUGGUCGUCGUCAUCAUUGUCUUCAUCGAUGGUUUUUGAACCUAAUUAUCUCUCUAUCUCUAUGUCAUCAAUAUAUAUAUAUAUAUAUAUACAGUAUAUAAGUUUCACCACUACUUCUACCACUACUAUAUCUCAUCUUAAGCUAAAAAACAUCCACAUAUUAUCUCUCUCUCUCUCUCUCUCUCUCUCAUCUAAUUAUAUACAUAUAUAUUGAUAUACAGUAUAUAUAUAAAUCAAUGUCAUGUCGUGUCGUGCAAAACACCUGUUUGUCUUUGUGUAUGAGUGUGUGUGUGUGUGGUAUUUGGACAUCUCAUCAAUUGAUAGACACCGACACCGACACACACACACACUAACACCACUUAAACAUAUACUCACUCGAAUGGGUUGGUUGGUGGGAGGCUGGCAGGGAGUAGGGGGGGGGGAGGGCGGCCUUUUAAGCCAACAAGACUUUUUUAACCCCCCUCCCCCAAUCCACCAUCACCUCUGAGACCUAUUACUCCUACUCCCACCACCACUACUAUUACUACUACUGCUACUACUCCUCGAGGGAAAUGACAGGUCAAACCUGUUGUGUCGUUGGUGUUGUUGUUGUCGGUGUUGUUGUCGUUGUUGUUAUUAAUAUUGUUACCGAAACACAUACACACCUGUUAAUUGAGACACAUAUAUAAAAUAUAUGGAAAUAUAGUCUUCAAAAUUAUUAUUAUUAUAAUUAUUGUUUGGUUGGUUUCAUACUGUAUAUGAAAAAAC